AUGGCCUCAGACCUUGAACAGAGCCUUUGCCGGCUGCAGAUAGGCGAUUCAAGUGAGUCGGAUUCGUACGCCUCUCUCGCAGAUUCGACCGAAGAAUUUAGGGAUGACAUGUCAUCGGUCGACUACGAGCGUCCUCUCUCCACCCUCGAACGCGUCUUUUCCACCCACAUCCCUAUCCUCGAGUCCUUCCUCCUCCAAGCGCCUACCGAUACCAUAUUCCGUCUUUAUCAUACCUCCAAUUACCUACGCACGUUCCUAAGGUCAUAUCCCACGGCAUGGCAGUAUCUUUCAUUUCGCCUUCUUUUGCCGUCGGGCACCCAGGUGCGUCCUGUUACUGCCGGAACGGAUGCUCAAACUGUCCAGCGGCAAUCGAGGCCCUACGCCCUGGACCAGUUACUCCUCCACGUUGUUAUACCAUUCAGCCCGAUAUUGAGAAGCUUGGAUCUGGAUAACACUGCCGUUUCAGGUCAGAAUCUUAUUUCGACCGUGCUAAACGCGAGGAGAGAUACCCUCGAACAUGUUUCCGUUCGAGGUUGCAAAAACGUCUCCUUGAAGUAUCACAUCAUACCGUAUCUCACCAUGUACGGGCUGCAGUAUGAUGCAGAUAUAAAAACAAGAUCAAGUUCAUCUCAGAAAGUCAAACAUCUUGCCCUCAAAAGCCUCUAUACCUACCGAUGCAGACAUCAUAGACGACGCCCUUACCUUACUUCAUCUUUGCUCCGAAGAGAUUCAGAUUCUGAGCCGACCCACGAGUUAGUGAACCUCUGUCAUAAGCUUGGAAUCUGGACAGACACCGCGUGGUGUACCACUCCCGCUGGGCGCUGUUUCCGGAGAAGGGGUUAUGUCUCGAUGCGUGUCCCGCAAGGCACUCCCGAAGUGUGGGUGGUAUUUGAUCGGCUAUGGCGGUCUAAGAACUGGAUAGGAUCCGUUUCUGAUACGGGGGAGCCUCCCAAGCGUGACGGAAAAUUAUGGGAACAUGAUGAAACCGGAUGCUACGGCGAGGCUCUUGGGACCAACAACGGACGUCUGUACGGUGAGGGGAAAACAGUGCCCACACAUUUGCGAAAGAGCCACAGAAAAUUCAUCGAGAACAUAAAGUGCAAUUCAUGCAUGGAAGAAAUUCAUGAGAGCUGUGCGUAUAGGACUCCAUACCUAAAAGAACCAAAAGCAGAAGGUGAAGGCCCGCAAAAUAGCUUCUGGUGGGCUCCUGGCGCUACUAUCUCACCAUGUUCAAUGCAAGAGCCUUCUGACGCCCAGGGCAAUGCAACUGGAACUAACAACAACCCUCAGCAAGGCGGCCCAACUCCAAUAACAUACCCUACACUCAAAUUUCGAUGGUGCUGCACUGAGCCUACAUUUACAGGUGGUGGUGGAAUUAGCAUUGGACAAGGCCGUGAUGUUGAUCGGAUGCGCGCAGCGCCCCUCCCCAAAGCUCAAGGCUGGGAAGACCCUGAAUAUACAUCGAAUGAAUGGAACAAAGCAUUUCCAACCUAUGCUUAUGGAGAUCCAUCCAAGCGAGAUUAUACCCUUGCAGAAGGGCAUUUGGAAAUGAUGCGGUGGCUGCUAGGCCCGCCAAACCACCAGUCUUCACAGUGUCCUCGCAAUCUAUGUCACGAGUGUUUUGAAUCGCCUCAGUGGAAAGUCCAUUGCAAAGCCUGUUCAAAGCCUUUGUGCAUGGAACAUGACCUACGCGGCCUCCGUCUUCGGAUUUGUGGCUAUCGGGACCUUUUCAUGGAGAAGAUCACUAUUGAUUAUUCACCAAAUGCAAAUGCUGCACAUGGACGCGAAAGACAACCAAUUCCACGCCCCUCCUCAGUUCCGGAUUUGCCUACGAAUAGUCUACAAGGUAGUAAUCUCACUCAUUUCGACGUUCCACCCUACCUACAGUAUUCCACCCCUCAGGCAAAUAGUCUUACCAACGAGAAUCACACGCGGAAUUCGACAGCCAGCUCAAAUAAUCAUACUCGGGCCUCCUCGCCAUCCUCUGCAGUCCUUGAAUCGCCCCUAAAAAUGGAAAAGUGGAAAGGCUGUCAGUCUUUUUUCUGUCCGGAGUACGGCGUGGCUGGGGAUAAACGACAACGCUGCACGAGUAUCCUGAACGAAUGCACGUCGUGUUCAGUCCACGUCUGUCAGGAUUGCAUCCGUGCAUAUCCGCCUUGUACAUGCUCCUUUUGCAUGAGCAAGUACCUCUGCCCCAAUUGUCAUUCGGUGGCCGUCCAAAAUGGCGCCUGUCGUCGCCUUGAAGAAGAGCGGGCAAAAUAUUUACAAAAGCAAAGGGCUGGGCUCGAAAUGCUUGAUGUCGCGCUAGAGCGUCGUAUCGCAAACGAAGUUGCUGGGUUUGCUGGCCAAUUUUUCGGCGGAUUAUCCAGCAGCAGCAGUCAAGUUGGAUUCGAACAUAUUGAAAAUAUUGAACACAGUGGCGAAUUUGAUAUACACGCACCGCCAUUUCUAGAUCAAUAUGAUGGUGUCCCCCAAGACGAUGCUAACGCCCAAGAGCAAGGUUAUGGCUUUGCGGAUGCCCAGCCUGUUCAUCCAUAUGAUGAGGAAAUUGAUCAGGGAGAGAGUGGAUCAGAGCGAACAGAUGUUGUGGUUGGUGAGAUUGGUUAA